AUGCUGUUGAGGUGGUUGUGUCUGUUAACAGGUGAGGAAUGGGGUGCUAAUUGGGCUAGUUUUUAUGAGGUCAUAAGGUUAAAAGGCUUUGUUUUGAGGGCUAGGGUUACUGUAAUAUCACCUUGCUUUCUCUAUAGCGCAACCUAGCCGUAAUUUUUAUUUUUUUUGUCAGCAUCGGCAAAUAUUGUGUUUGGACAUUCCUAUGUAGAUAGCCCUUAAAAAUUUGAAAAAAACAGUCUAUAAAAGCCAGUUUAUUUCAUUUAAAAUUUCUUAUAAGCCUUCGCGAUGCUAGCUAAAUUCUUUAUCACAGCUUUGACAGCGUCUUCUUCCGCCUGUAAGUAAAAUUUAGUACAGUAAAAACGCUCAAUAACUCUGAUCCCCUAUAAGAAAACAUCUCCUCCAUUUAACCACCAAGUUUGUAGCCCUAGCCUCGGCGCAAGACCUCGACAAGUACUAUGGAAUCCCUCUCAGCGGCGUACAUCUUAGCUCAGACGCCACCAGCGGAGAACUCUAUGCCUAUGAUGAAUACACCAUCUUCUUCAACCAUCUCAAUCAUGCCCCUAAAAUUGCUGGCUGCACCGCAAUGAUGCUGGGACCACCUCGGCCUCAAGACAAAGGGCAUUCGCUGAUUCCCGGCCAUGGGGUUAUUGUCCCAGUCGCUCAAAUCAACGAUGCUCCAUUCGAUGACGGAGCUCCUGUUCCCGUUGUUUUUGAUCGAAAUUUGAAAAGAAAGGUGGCGCUAAAGAGAAGACUCAAGCGGAAUAUAAACAGAAUCUUUGGGAAUAACCUCUUCAAUUGGCCCGUUCAAAUGGAUCAUCUGCUUAUUGCUCCGGGCAAAAACAAGUUGCCUGGGGCUUCCGUGACGGCCAAUUCUUUCAACGGAAUUCAUAUCCAAAGAGGGACCAAGAAUUUGACGGAAACUGAGAUUAACAUCACCCCGGUUUCAAGCUCAACUAGUAGCACUACGCAGACAACGACUACAACAUCUACUACAAGCGCACCGACUAGUUCUACAGCUCCUUCAACUACCUCUAGCUCCUCUUCACAACCUUCAAGCACUUCGACAGGCCCUUCAACAUCACCAUCAACGACACCACCCUCUGUUACCUCUGCCACACCGGCUUCAACCACAGUACGAGUUGAGACUUCUUCUCAACGAACACACGGUCAGCAGCUUGUAGUUCAGGCCAAGAUGACUCCAGUUCCAGUGAAGUCAACCCGAUUAGAGGCUCUAAAUAAAAAGUCGGAAAAAGGUGCGCUCUUAAGCGACGUUCUUGCAAUUUCAAACGCUCCUGUUAGUGAGACAUCAACUAGAGCCUCCACUACAACAUUAACAAGUCCGACAACAGAAAAGCAGGCAUCCACUACAACAACUGCUUCUCCAACAACGCCGAGGACAACUCAGCCAACAACUCGAGUGACUGUGACAAGGAAAUUGGCCAUCAAGACUUUGUAAGCAAAAAAGCAAUGCUAUUUUCUACAAUACGGCCUUUGCAUCCAUAAAAUCUUAUUUUCAGACCUCCAUCCACAACCUCGACAGCAUCAAGCAAACCUCCACGAGUCCUGAAGACUCCUUUCAGCGGCAUUCCAGAUUCAGAGACCGACGAAUUCGACUCUGAAUUCCCCGAUGUUCUUCAGAUACCCGCUCGAUCUCAAGGAGAAUAUAAAUUGGACGUCCAUUACAGCGACUUGAUCCAGAAAUUGGGCGAGGACUCUAAUGAAUUUAGAAGGGCACCAGCUAGAGAACAGAGUGCGUAUUUUACAAUUCAAUUUUACAGUUUUUGCAAAAUCUUUUUCGUAUUUUUCAAAGCCCAAAUUUUCAGAAUCUCGUGACAAGGAUGAACAUGAGCACACCUGGAAAGUGGUCGAAGAUCCGCACAAAGAUCACAGAGAAAGAGUUCUGAAGCAGCUCUUGGCUGAAGAAGGCACCUCCCAAUUUAUCGAGCCCUCGAGGAAAAUUAUUCCAUUGGACAAGACAUUGGCGCUUCCAGAAAUUCAUCAAAAACAAGUGUUUUUCGCGAUUCAAAACGGCGCCAAAUUGAGUGAUUAUCAUUGGUUUGGUCUUUAUGAUCACUGUGAACAAGUAAGACCAUUAAUUUUAUUGUGAUCUUGAAUACUUUUCAAGAUUUUUUCGAAUUUUCCACCCUCUCGGAAGUGCAAUAUAAUUUUUCUUAAUUUUAGCGUCAUCUAAAACUUGUAUCGCUUCGGGGAGUCGACCCACCCAGAGAAGAGCGUAUUAUGCCGCUGAGUGGAUGGUCGAAUGGAAUCUCAUCCUACCGAGUUCAUAUUCUGAACUGUAAUACGAUUCUGAUCCCUGGAUUCACUUUUGAGCCCGGAACCGAUGCUAGAAGUAUGUUGACAGUUUAAUACAUUGAUUUACAGCGUAACUAAGGCCUAAAGAACACUGUAAUCGCAUUUCCCGAAUUUCAGAUUCCUUCUUUGUCGCUGGAAUCGGCGAUUUCCCGGAUCAAAUCGAAAAACAAGUAAAAAUCAGCAUCGUCGGCGAACAACCGUAAGCUUUCUCGCAUUCUGAUUCCGUAUUUUACUCUAACUUUCUUUCAAUUUUAAGGCCGUAGAUAUUUAAAAAGAAGUUGUUAAAACGAUUAUACUUCUUUCGAAAUCUUUGGCUCUAAAACUACAAGCUUGAUUACUAGUACCGUACACAAAGUGUCACAAAAACAACAUUCUAUGAUAAAAAACGGGAAAAUUAUAGGCAAAAAUUAUCUUUCGACUUGUCUACCUUCUAUAUUUUGCGCACUAUCUAUAAAUACUGUAGUAAACACAAAAUUUGAACAUAUAGAUAACCUGCUGCCAAAAGCACGAGCUAAGACUUUGAGGGAUUUCUUUUAUAGUAAACAUUUUAUCUACGCGUAUUUAUAACCUUUUCCAGCAACAAGCCACUCCGCCGUUACGAGAACGAGGACGUCCUCCUCCGACUACCCCAUACUUACCGCACUUUUGACAUUGAUUUUAUCAGCGUCUACAAUAUGGACACUCAAAAAAGUAUGGCGCAUGUGAUCAUCCCAUCCUUGCUGGUCCCUCCUUGCCAAGAAGAUUAG